AUGGCCCAGCAGCACCCAUUACCCCAUAGGUGGCACUGGACCUACGAUGGCCCGCACGGGCAGGAGCACCGGGCCGAGGGCUGCCCGGCGCGCGGGGGCCGAGCCCAGUCGCCCAUCGACAUGGAGACGCGGUGGGCGCAGCCCGACCCCUCGCUGCCGCCGCUGCGGGUGCAGGGGGCUCCCGGUGCCGGCGCCGCCUGGCCCACCCACCCACCCGCCGAGAGCUUCGCCGACGCCGGCAAUGCCCAGCUGCACGCCAGCGGCCUGGCCGUGCUCGCCGUCCUGCUCGAGGCCGGCGCUGAGCCCAACGCCGCCUGCGACAACAUCCUGCGCCACCUCGGCAGCGUCCGCUACGCCGCGCCCUGA